AUCAAUUUGUUUGAAUUAUACAUGAAACCCAUGAAAAGCGCGGCAAUUUUUGGUUGCCAUGGCUACUAUGUUUAUAUAUUGAAUGAUACUUUCGCUAAUGAGACGACGACCUUUAACAAGGAGAAGAGAAAGAGCGAAAAAUGCAUAAUCGAAUUGCAGACGUCAAUAAACGUAUCGAUCGACGAACAAUGUCCGAAAGUAAUGUACAGCGCUUCAGCAUAUCCAUUUAUGGUCAUUGUAGAAUAUAUUGUUCAUGAUCUUAAUUAUGUGCAGACAGGUCGUAUGACAAUGCGACAACAUUUAAUUGUAUUUUUAAGAUGCGUUUAGAAAGUAAUCGAAUCCAUCCAUCCACCGAUCGAUCGUUUUGUCCCAUUCAAUACAAUUCAAUUUCAGUUGCUGCUUCGUACGACCGGUUCUAGCAGUGGGAUGUUGUCAGCAUUGCUAAAAAACAUUUAAUUAACUCUUGUUAUGUUCUUAAUCAUUUUCGUUUCGUUUCGUUCUUUCGGAAACCACUUAAUUUGCAAAAUGAUGAAAUCGAUUAUUCACACACACAGGCAAAUGGUAAGUAAAUGACACUCGAUCUUCGGUUUGGAAGAGAGAAAAAAACGUGAGUGUAAUUGAUGGUAUGUAUGUCUUGGGAAGUGUAGCAGCUGCACUGUCUAGAUCCUUGUCAAUGUGGUACCAGACCAAAUUUCUUAAUUCUUUUUUUUUCGUUCCAACCAAAAACCAACAAAAUAAAAAAAAUUAUAGACCAAUUUAAAUUAGCACCUUUUUGAUCGAUGCAAUUGACAAACCGCAAUGAAACAAAGAGACAAAUAAAAGACAAUCAUCCACACACGUUGUCGUUACACGGCUUUGGUUAAGUGUUCCACAUAAUUUUACACGACGUAACUCGGCGACUCGAUUUGGCUUUUGAUUUUGUAAUUUGAUAAUAAUAAUAAUUCCCAAGACAUCUAAUUUAUCCGAUUUAAGCGAAAGUGAUUUUUUCUAUGGUUUCGGCGUUUUGUAAUUGAAGACGCAUUAUGCAGUGUUAUGAAGUAGAAUUUGUAACUCGGAACAGAAUGUGAUCAGCAGCAGCAGCAGCAGCAGUAGUAGUAGUAGUAGCAUGUUUAUCAACCGAAUAAUUUGCAUGCACUCAAUUAUAAUAGUUUCAACAAAUUUGAUAUUUUGUUGUUGAUCUAUAUGUUUUACGUCGGAUUUUGGUCGAGAAGCAACGGCGACGACGUCGACACUGACAACCAACGCCAAUAACGGCAGUAGAGUAACACUCCGUUGUUAAAAAUGGUAGAUGCAUAGAAUUAAUGAUGCCGAUGUUUGAGACAAAUAAUUGAAAUCAAAGUUAAAGCCAUGCAAGUAUCGAAAGUAUUGAAGGUCAAUUUAUUAGUGUUGCUUCUUUAAGAUGGAGCUCCAUUUAUAAAAUGCCACACAUCUAUAUACACAAUCCGUUUCAUCGUACAUUUAAAAUAAAAAAAUUAAAAAUCAGAGCAAAUGAGAUACUAGUUCGAGUGUCUGUCGAUGCCAAGCGAUCUUAUUGUUAGCGACGAACUACAAUAUACCGGCAAUGUAUCCUUUGUGUAUAGCGCACACCCAUUACAGCCGUCAUUUAAUGGCGCAUGACUGUGAUGGAUCUUCUUUUGUCAGUGAAUGCGAUCAUCUGUGUUUCGUUAUUUCACAUUCUUUGUGCAUUCGAAAAAGGAGGAUUUAAUGAAUCACGCACAAUGCAUCAACCAUAAAUGGUGUAUGGUGGUCGGUCGCGCGCUCUUAUCUUUGGCGACCUUGCCAACAGGCGCAGAAUGUGAAUCGAACAAUCGAAUAGAUACAUAUGUAUACAAGAAUAUAUUGUAAAUGCGGUACCACUUCGUUGUUCUCGUUAUUUCUUGCCGUGGCUGAUCUUCUUCCGUGCUGUAAAAUGAUACGCGCAUACAUCAUCACCGAUCCUCGUGAUAUAUAUCACACAAUUGGUGCACUAAACGUAGUAUGAGCUAAUCUAGAAGGAAAUUUAUGUGCACACUCACACGUUUCAUAAAAGCGUCGACCGAAAAAACACAAAAAAUGAAUAAAAGACCACAGCAACGACGUCGAAAGAAAAAAAAAAUUGUAACGUGAUAAAGUGGUAAGGCGAAAGAAACAGAAACAAGAAGAUCGAGGUCGCUUAUAUUUGAUGCACAUAUAUGUGCGUUCUUUCAGCACCCAGCAAAUGAUAUGCAAUGGAUUGGCUUUCGUGUGGCACGUUGCAAGUACAUGCAAUUCCCAUUUAAUAUAGGCUGUAUCUCUAUUCACAUCAUGAAUAUGUGAAUCUCCGAAACUGAAAACCAGUAAUCAUUGCACGCCAAUGUAUCAUAUGCUUCUCUUUUCUGCUUUAUUUUCUGCGUGUGCUUCACCAUUAUUAGUUGCAGUGUUUCAUCAUGUAAUGAAAUAUAGACGACCGGCGCGACGACAAGCGUCGUAGCCGUUGCUGUUGUCGUCGUCGUCGUUGUCGGCGGCAGCAGCGGCGGUGGUGACGAUUGGCCAAGACAAAUCGACUCACAAAAGAAUGGUAUAAAAAGCCAUGCACGAGUCCAAGAAUCAUCAGAACCGAUAAGCCAUAGAGCGAGUACUGGAUAGUUGAAUCAUACAAAAACCAGCAGCGCUUUAGUUUGAAUUUACGUGGUUCACGUUCAAUUUUAUUAAACUCAUAUUUUUUAAACCCGAAAAAACUCAAUUUCAAAAUGAAAACGCUUAUCUUUGUGUCAGCAUUGUUUGUGGCCGUGUUUGCUGCACCACAAACCAUUCUAACGCCAACGAUCAUCACCGCUCAAUCGCCAGUCAUCAGCCAAUAUCAUUCACAAGACACGCUCGGCCAAUACUCAUACGGAUAUAACGGUGGUCAAUCGGCUAAAGUUGAAUCGAAAUCCAUCGAUGGCGUCACCCGUGGUUCAUAUAGUUACGUUGAUGCUGAGGGCCGUCUUCAAACUGUGGAAUACACGGCUGAUUCAGUAAAUGGAUUCCGUGCUGCUGCCACCAACCUGCCAAAAGCAGCGUUGAAUGGAAUCGGUGAUACACCCGAAGUUGCACAAGCCAAGGCCGAACAUUUCCGUGCAUUCAAUGAAGCAUCGCUUCGUGCAGCCGCCGAACCAGAUAACGAACAACCAGCACAAAUUCUUGCCAUUUCAUCGUCAGCGCCCGGCGCAUUCUCAUACUCAUUCAACACUCCAACAUUUUAUGCCGGACGACAAUUGAUUGCCGCCCGUUCAUUGCCAUUCGCCAUUCAAUUGAACAACAACAAUGGGCCACAGGACACACCAGAAGUUCAACAAGCCCGAGCCGAACACUUCAAAGCAGUUGAAGAGCAAAAGGCUCGCAUCGCUGCCGCUCAGUAGGAUAUAUUCUUUUUGUAUCAUUGAUUUUUGGAAUCUUUAGGAAAACCGAGUGUCUGAUAACAACGAAAAAAAAAAAUCGAACCCAACCGAUCUUGUGUGAUCAACAUAAAUUCAAAUCCAAUAUCCCCCUUUUUUACCGCUGUUAAAUGCUAUAUUCCUUAACGCAACAACAACACAACAAAAAGAAAUUAAUUAACAAUUGUUAACUAGUACAGGUUCAUUCCGAAAGAGCAAAGCAGAUUACGAAACGAUGUGUUGAUAACGAUUGAUUGAUGAAUUGGCGCGAUUGGUUAUAAACUAAGAUAAGAAAUAAUUGUGAGUGUUAUUACCAUUGCCACGUAAAUGAACGAAAUCUGCAAUUUAAAUAAAAAAAACAAUAAAAUUCAUAAAAUCGA